GGCACAGGGAUGCUUCAUCUUGAGAAACAGCCCAGAGGACCUUGUAGUCGAGCGUCUACAAGUUGCGCUUCUUCAAAUCCACUCUUCAAUACAAACGCAACAACAGAUGAACCACAAUUCGACAACAGUUCACUGGUGACUACCAGCGAUCGACUUUUAGAUCAGAGCAAGGCUUGGGAGGCAGGCAAAUCGACGACGUUUGCCCAUGAGAAAGACAGGUUGUACAAGUGCACUGUUUGUUUGGCUACAUGCAUUGACAUUGGCCACCUGGAAGAUCACCUCAUGGCUCACAAAACAAAGCCACUUACCUGCAACACAUGUUCCGCGACAUUCUGUGAUGCAUCAACUCUGCGAGCGCAUGCAAAAAGUCACACGGGAGAAGGGUUGCACAAGUACGCGACACUUGCACGCGCAACGGGUGCAUGCAAGGGCGACCUCGGCCUUGCAGAGUUCAGCCAGAGCACGAGCCUGUCGGAUCAUAAUCGAACACAAACGGGUGUGAAACUAUACAAGUGCAACCUAUGCCAUGCAGAGUUCAGUGAUGUCACAAAGCUGCGGAGUCACAAGUUAACACACAAGGGCGAGAGGCCAUACAAGUGUGAUCUCUGUCCUGCAGACUACAGCCAGAGCACAUACCUGUUGCAACACAAGCGAACACACACAGGUAAGAAGCCAUACAAGUGUGAUCUCUGCAGUGCAGAGUUCUUUGUCAGCAGAACGCUGCGGCAUCACAAGCAAACACACACGGGGGAGAGGCCAUACAAGUGCGACCUCUGUCCUGCAGAGUACAUGCAGAGCACAAGCCUGUUGCGUCACAAGCGAACGCACACAGGUGAGAAGCCAUACAAGUGCGAUCUCUGCCAUGCAGAGUUCUAUGACAGCACGACGCUGCAGCAUCACAUGCGAAAACACACGGAUGGAAGACCAUAUAAGUGUGAUGUCUGUCCUGCAGCGUUCAGCGGCAGGACAAGCCUGUCAUAUCACAAGCAAAAACACGUGGGUGACACGCCCUUUAAGUGCGACCUCUGUCCUGCAGAGUUCAUGCUGAGCGACUACCUGCAGUGUCACAGGCGAAUCCACACAGGCGAAAAGCCAUACAAGUGUAGUCUCUGUCCUGCAGGGUACAGCUAUAGAACGAGCCUGUCACGUCACAUGCGAACACACACGGGUGAGAAACCAUACAAGUGUGGUAUCUGCCAUGCAGGGUUCAGCGAGAGAACAACGCUGAAACGUCACAAGCGAACACACACAGGCGAGAGGCCAUACAAGUGCGACCUCUGUCCUGCAGAGUUCAACCGGAGCUUGAACCUGCAGAGUCACAGGCAAACACACAUGGGUGAGAACCCACACAAGUGUGGUCUCUGUAGUGCAGAGUUCAGCGAGAGCACAGAACUACAGAGUCACAUGCAAACACACGUGGGUGAGAGGCCAUACAAGUGUGAUCUCUGUCCCGCAAAAUUCAGCUACAGCCGAAGCCUGUCGUGUCACAUGCGAACUCACUGGGCAAGAAGCCAUAAAAGUGCGAAGAGUUCAGUGCGAAGCUGAGGAAUUACAAGUGAACAUGCGUGAGCGAAAAGCCAUUUAAGCGCAAUCUCUCUCCUGUGGAGUUCAGCCAGAGCAGAAGCCCGUCGAACACCCAAGGGUGAAACGCCAUACAAGUGUGAUCUCUGCCUUGCAGUGUUCAGUUAGAGCACUUGUCUGCACAAUCACAAGUAGACUCAUAUGAGCGAAAAGCCACAAACAUGCGACCGCUGUCCUGUAGGGCCAACAGCGGGAGCUUGCGGUGUUAGAAGCAGACAUGCAUGAGCGAGAAGCCCUACAAGUGCGAUCUCUCUCCUGCAGAGCCCAA